UCGGAGUCAUUUUCGGUCAAAAAUGAAAAGAAUAUGCACAAUCCCAUCAGCAAAGAGCCAACAAAAAAUGUUGGAUCCCAAAAAAAAAAAAACAAAAAAAGAAAAAAGAAAAAAAAGAAGGUGAUUGUAAAACGAAUAAUAUUUACACGCCCUCUGAGUAGUGUGAUUAACAAAUCUAUCCCAAAAUAAUUUUUAAAACAAAAGCGCUUUUAAUGAUUGAAAAGCGAACCCAAACGGGUCUAACCCAAAUUCUCUUCCCUUCCUCUCGUGUCAAGCACGGCAUUGCCUCAAACCCUCCUUUCGCGAGUUUCUCUCACUUGCGCGGAGCUUCGUCUUCAAUCACAGAGGAUAAUCGCCCAGCUUCACUCGCAGCUUCCACUGCAACCGAUUCAGUCGCUGCCAGUACCCCUUUUGCUUCAAGGGCUUUGUUCGGUUGGCUGAGAUGCAGUAUGAUUGCCACAUAUCCCAGCAUUGCCCGCACCGGUCGUCUUGAAAGAAAAUGCGGCUCUCAUACCUUCAAAACCGAAGCGAACUGUAAGAAACUUUAUACUCUGAGAUGAUCAUCACAAGACUUAAAGGCUCUAUCCCACAAUAUCAAUUUAUCAGGCCUUGAAUUUACUAGUAAGCUCAUGUGCCUUCCGUACACUUGUUGAAGGCAUUGAUAUUAAUUUAAACACUGCAGAUCGAUACACGGACUUGAAUUCAAGACAUUCCAGAAUCGCGACUCUUACAAUGUUUGGCUAUAUAUCAAUUGCCAUGAAAUUUCAAUCUAUGUUACUCGGUAUAUAAGAGUACUAGGUUUUGAGAACUUGUAACCUCCAUUAUUCUUCACAGUUUAUGUUACCUGGAAUAUAAGUUCUAAUCUUUCAAAUACACAAUUUUACUACAUCAGUGUUUCUAGUGCACAAUUUUUACUUUUAUCUUUGAUUUCAACUAUGUUAUUUCAGCUAAGAUGUAUAAUUUUUUUUUUCAUAGUUGAUACUCACACACACAUGCCUCCUUGGAGGCUUGAACCCUUGACCUUCCUUUGGAAAGUAAGGGCCUGAUGCCGCUAGGCCACUAGCCUGUUGGUAAGAUGUGUAUAUAUAUAUAUAUAUAUAUACACACACGCACAAAAUUUAUAUACAUAAUUUUAUCUAAGAUGUAUAACAAUUUUUACUUUGUCCACCGCUCAUUUGCAUCCUUCAUAGAAUUUGAAAGUGAGAAAAGGCAUAGUUGUGUUGGUUUACUGAUUCUUUUGGAAUGCAUCAGAUGUCAAGUAAAAAAAAAACAGAUUAGAUUGUUUUGGAUGAGUGGCACGUUGAAGACUACAUAAGUAGUAGUAAUUUGGAAUUUUGAUCACAACUAUAUGGUUGGCUUUAUUUGUUUGGGGUUCUUUAAUAAAUUUUAGGAGACAUCGAAAAAAAAAAAAAAAAAAAAAAAGCUUAUAAUAAUGAGCAAUUAGCAAAAAAAAGCCCAUUUCUAUCCCUUUUUUGCACACAACCCCCCCUUGAUAGAAAUUUUAAAAAAUUGGGUUUUCUUUAAAUUAUUUCAUUUUAGGCUUUCUUUUCUUUUUAAAUUUUCAAAAAAAUGGAAAUAAAAUAAUAAUUUGAAAAUUACGUGCCACUAAAGUGAUGUAAAAAUGAA